UUCUCCGGUUGCUCUUCCCUCGAGUCCAUCUCCAUUCCCAGCUCAGUCACGACCCUCGGCACGGCCUCCUUCGCCGCCUGCUCGUCGCUGCGUGCAAUCGACAUCCCCGACUCGGUCACCGCCAUCGGCGAGCUCUCCUUCUUUGCGUGCACGUCGCUGCUCUCCAUUCGUCUCCCAGCUGUGAGCAGCCUCAGCGACCAGCUCCUUCAGCGCUGCACGACGCUCGAGUCGAUCGUCCUGCCAGGCUCGCUGACGAGCAUUGGCAACGGCGCCCUUCGCGGCUGCACGGCCCUCCGGUCCGUGGCAAUCCCCGCCUCGGUGACGAGCAUUGGCGCCAAGGCGUUCAGCGACUGCUCGUCGCUCUCGUCGCUCUCCCUACCUGGUUCCGUCUCCUCCAUCGGAGCUAAGGCUUUU